AUGGGGGUUUUCUCCCGCCUGCUGUCGGGCGCGCUGCUGUGCGCCGCCGCCAGCCCAACUCUCCUCAGCCCCCACGCAGCAGCAGCAGCAGCAGCAGCAGCAGCAGCAGAGGGCUCCACCAGCUUCACGCUGCCCUCGGGCGGCUCUCUGCACGUCCAGGUCCUCAGAGAGCAGCAGCAGCAACAGCAGCAGCAGCAGCAGCAGCAGGGCCCCUGGGGCUCCACCAUGAGCUUCGCGGGCCCCACAGGGGCCACGGGAGGCUACUCGGUGACUGCUGCUGCUACCUUGCGCAGCAGCGGGCCCCCUGCUGCAGCAGCAGCAGCAGCAGCAGCAGAAGGCAUCUACGAGCUGCCAACUCCCCCCACUCCUGCAAACCCCAUUUCUAAAUCCCAAGUCCUUUUUGGCUGGGUCCCCGAAGCAGCAGCAGCAGCAAGUCUGCAGGCCCUCAACGCUGAAGAGCUCAACAACGCCCUCCGCAGCCAGGCCCUCGUCAAAAAACUCCGAACGCGAGCGCUGGUGGAGAAGUCGUGCAUGAUUCCCCUGGCGAGCGACCGGCGGAGUUACUUGGAAGCAUUUUGGUUUGCUGCAGCAGCAGAAAGGAACUUUCGAGCAGCAGCAGAAAGCCAAAGAGCAGCAAUUGAAGAAGAGCUGAAGCAGCAGCAAAUGGCGGCUCCGGACAUGAGCUACGCGCGCUCGGUGGCGACGCGGGCCAACAUCGAGGGCGGGGCCUCGCCUGCUGCUGCUGCUGCUGCUGCUGCUGCUGCAGCAGGCGCUGCAGCAGCAGCAGCAGGCGAGGAAGCAGCAGCAGCAGCAGCACUCAGGUACCAGGAAACUGUCGACAGAGUCUUCGCGAAUCGCGUCGAAGUCCUCAUGACUUGCAAACUUGCUGCUCUCUUGGGGCAGCCGGGGAUUUUCUUGAACGAAAAACUGACAGCAGCAGAAGUCCUCGAACUUGUUGCAACAGCUCUUGGCAUUGGAAACGUCAAAGAGGAAGCAGCAGCAGCAGCAGCUUCCCCUAUCGUCCCCAUGUUCGGGGGCCUCGAGCCCUUCCUCCUCGCCUCAAACCCCCUCAUUUUGGGCCACGUGUUGACGCUGCUGAUAGCGCACAUCGACCGGGAGGCCUUCUUCGGGGAAGGCGCGCGGAAGGCCUUCUACAGCUUCACCAGCUUGGCCGCUGCUGCUGGCGGCGAAGGCGCCGUGGGGAUGCUGGACGAGAUGUGCGACAGAGACCGCGGCCCGCGGCUGGCGGGGCCGCUGCUGGGGAAGUACAAGCCCAAGGGGCGGGGCGGGAAGCCGCGGAAGCGCGGCAGCAGCAGCCCCUGGUUCGUCCGCGGCGCCUCCAGAGUCCACAGAAACAAGCAGCAGCCCGAGCUCCUCAGGGCCUACUGCGACGCCACAGAGAUGAUUCUCAACGCCCUCAUGCUCAAACAAGAAGAAGUUCAACAGGAAAUGCUCAAGUUCUCGCUGCCGGUGGAGCCGCUGGUGGAUCCGGCCACUAAUGCUUCGCGAAUUCAAACGAAAACCUGCAGAGGAGGAGCUCCAGUUUGCGAAUUCGAAAACUCCAUUUUAAGUCCAAUUGCAAAUCCCCUGGACCCCCAGGUGCAGGACCAGAACACCAACACCCGGGCCGCCUUCAACCUCUACGCCGGGCUCGCCAGCGCGCAACUCGGAAAGCUCCUCGAAGAAACCGGCGCCAAGUACUACGACGUCCGCGCUGACCAGUGGCUCGAAAUCAUUUCCAAGCCGACGGCGCACAGCGACAUUCUCGAAAAAGUGUUCCACUAUGACAACAGAGAGUUUGUGGCGUCGAAAAGAAGCAAAUUGAUCAAGAGUUUCGAAGCGAAUGCAAAAAAAAUCGCAGCUUUGGCCGGAAAGCCUGCAGUUCCCAUCUCGGAAGCUGCAGCAGCUUACGAGGAAGUUCAAAGAUCUGCUGGCAGCCAAACGGGCAAAAAGGGAGCAGCAGCAGCAAAAAAGAACCUUUUCCCAACAGCAGCAACUCUGCUGCUCAAGAGCACUCUGGCGUGCGACAUGACGAGCUCUUUUGCUGCCAAGUUGGAGAGUUUUUCGCAAUUCAUGUUCAAGGCAAAAGCAGCUUCAGGGCGGCGGCAGGCGCCGCUGCAGCGGACUUUAAUGGCUUUUUUCCGAACUCGAAAAGGCCCUGCUUUGCUCAACAUGUGUUCUUUCGACCCCCUCACUUACAACUACCUCUUCCUCUACAGAUUCGUCCUCCUCGGAAGCGAUCCCGCGAAGACGCACGACAAGCAGCACGCGGCGGUGAGCAAGACGAAGCUGACCACCCGGCUGCUGGGCUCGUCGUGGACUCCGUCGAUUCUGAAGAGAGUUUUGCAGGGCUUUAAGAGAAAGUCUUCGAUUUCAAAAGCCAAACAACUGCUGCUGGAGAGCCUGGACCCGUCGGUGCUGCCGCUGCUGCUGACUUCCUUCGAGUGGAUAGUGCACACGCAGGCGGCGCUGCAGGUGAACCAGAACAGCGACAUGUACCACGAGUUGGAGCUGAGUGCGCGGCGGCUGCGGGGGGAAGCAGCAGCAGCAGCAGCAGCAGCAGGCGCGCAGCUGCCGCGGGGCGGGCUGGUGAAGCAGACGGACCGGCAGCUGGGGGAGUGGGCGGAGUUCGGAGUUCCUGCUGCGCUGCUGCAGCAGCUGCGGAAGGGGGGGAAGCUGCCGAAGACUGUGUACUUCGAGCAGAUCCCGACUCCGGACUUGACCAAGUGGGAGCAGCAGCUGAACCGGCAGUGGCUUGCUGCGCUGCAGGCCUACCUGCAGCACCCCUACGGAGCAGCAGCAGCAGCAGCAAAAGACCCCGUGGCGCUGCUGGUGCAGCAAAGCCGCGAGCGGCUCGAGGCCGAGCUGGACUCCACCCUCUUCCUGGGCCAGAUCGCGGGGGCCCCCCGGGGGGGCCCCCCGCUGCUGCAGCCGCUGCGGGCCGCGGGGGCCCUCUUCCGCGCGCUGCUGCGGGCCCCGCAGCAAAGCCAGUUUGCUGUUUGGAUGGGGGUGAAGGUGCAUGCAGACCGCGUGCUGCGGGUGCUGCAUGCAGUGCAUGCAGCAGCAGAAGUGGCGAAGACUUCGGGGCUUUUCGAGCACUUCCGAGAGGCUUUUCUGGAAAUAGUCAAAGACGCAGUGCUCGGCAGUCUGCAGAACCAGCGGCGCGUCCCCGGCUUCGACCUUGCUGCUGCAGCAGCCCGCAGCAGCAGCAGCAGCAGCAGCAGCGCAGCAGCAGCAGCAGCAAGGCGCAGCGCGGGGUUUCUCACGCUGCACCCCGAGUUUGCUGCGCUCGGUGCUGCAGCGCAGCAGCAAGAGUUCCAGCAAAGCAUGUGCAUGGACCACUGCGAGUCUUUGUGGGGUUUGGUGACUUCUUUAGUUUUUAGUAGUUUGCAAAACCCCAAAAAGUGGAAUGAUUACGAAAAAGAGAUGAGUUCUGCUGCUGCUGCUGCUGCUCUUUCGGACCCCCGCAGAGUCAACAGCUUCCGCCUCGGACUUAACGUUCAAACGGACUUCUUUGAAAAUAUAAUCGACAAAAAGUCCAAAAGAAACAUCCAAAAAAUGAAGUUCGGAGGCGGCACUUGGUUUGCCUAUUCGCUGCUGCUGGCAGCAAAGCUCAGCAGCAGUUUGGGCCGCGCGAACUUAGCCGCAUUUUUCGCCUUCCAGGCGCCCUACAUGGGGCACUUCGUGCUGCAGUGGCAGCAGCAGCAGCAGCAGGCUCGGAGAAAAGCUAUUAUUUCUUUUUUGUCUUUGGGACUUUUCUUUGCAUAUACUUUUAUUUCUGUCUCCGACAUAACUCAGCACUUGAGCGACGCGGGGCUGGGGCCUGCUGCGGAGUGUCUGGACAACUUGGUUGUGGGGCCCGUUUGUGCUGCUGCUGCAGUGGCCCCUGCGGUGCGCAGCGCAGCAGCAGCAGCAGCAGCAGAUGUCUUCAAAGUGGGGCUUUUUGGGGUUUUAACUCCUUAUUUAGUUUGGCCAAUGGUGGCUUUUAGUGUUUGGAAUAUUUUGAAAAGUGAAUUUCAAGUUUUGCUGCAGUUCGAAAUGAACUUGAAGAGUCUUUUCUCGCGCUUCGCCCGCUGGGCCCGCAGCCCCUUCGAGCGCUGGUGGCAGCAGCGCCGCAGGCUGCAGCAGGCGCUGCAGCAGCGAGCAGCAAACAACUUCCAGCAGCAGCAGCAGCAGCAGCAAACCAAACUUCCUUCUCCUCCGGACUUCUUCCAAACGGACAACAGCUUUGCAGAUCUCGACGCUCUUGGAGUUCCUCCAGAUCUCCCGAAAGUCUCCUUCGACAUCUCCUGGGGAGGCGCUGUCUUCCCCCACAGCCCGCCCCUCGUCCUCGCUUCCCAGCAAGCUCCCUAG